AUGUCCUACUACGAGAACAACCCUCAAUGGUCCAAUCCCGGUCAGAACAAUUGGGAACACCAAGCGCCUCCUGUCCGUGCUGGUGAGUCGGCCCAGUCGCAACAUCGCCAAAUUCAACAACAAUCGGAAACCGGAAUUGACUCGAGGUUCCCGUCAACAGGUGCCAGCGGCCCCACGGCUCAGGACGACUUCGCAUUCUUCUACCAGUUCGAGGAGGUUGAUCGUGCAUACGAGAAUCUCGCCAAGAGCGGGAAGUCUUACGGAAUGGGCGGUCGACGUGAGUACCCAACCCCUGGCGGCCCCAAGAUGGGCCCUGCUGGUCCUGGUCCCGCCAGAAAGUCUCUCGACUUCACCGGACGCAUGGGAGCUGGAGCUGGAGCCGGUCCGCGACCGCACUCGAUGAACCAGUUCGAUGAUGCCCGAGGCCACCCGAACUCGAACCUCCAAAACUUUUACGCCUCUCAGCGCCACCAGUCCUCCCGAGGAUCCAACGACGCGGAACAGAUGAUGCAGGCCAAGAGAAGGAUGGCCGCUCAACGGGAGCGGGAGCUGCGCAACCUCCACACUGAGCAGCAAUACCAGCGAACUGUCGUUUCUGACAUCCCCUACGGCAACAAGGCCAUGUCCGAGGAGGAGACUCGCGAGCUUAUCGCUCGGCAGCGGAGCGCCUUGUACGGCGAGGGUCAGUUUGCCGAGAAGGGAGGCUACGUCGACGAGACUGGCGCCGUGCGUCCUGGCGUGCCUGGACACAGUGGUCCUUCCAGCCUGCGGGGCCAGUCGCCCUUGACGUACGACAUCACCCGCGGUCCCCCUCCUCACGGUGAUGCCAACACGCCCGUCUCGGUGACUGACGGCCCCGGUCCCAUCGCUGGUCCCCCGGGCGAGCAAGGCUCUCGUGCUGGCAGCACUGCCAGCCCUCAGCCGAACGCUCCUAACAACAAGAGCGCUUUCGAGUCUGCUGUGAGCCAGGCCGCCGCCCGUACCAACAACUCUUCCCCUGGUGGCUCCCCUCCUCGCCAGGAGAUGCCGGGAUCCAAGCCGGCCCAGACGGUUGCUCCCAUCGGUACUCGUCCCUCCGGCACCCCGACUGGUGCCUCGAACUCGUCUUCGAAGCGAUCCACCACCCCCCUCGCCUCUCCCGGCGGUUGGGGCCGUGGCAAUGGGGUCUGGGGCCCUCAGUCCUCCGGACUGAGCCAGCCUCCUGCUAGCGUCUGGGGUUAG